AUGGGGGUGACGCCGCUGCACCAGGCGGUGGUGUCGAGGUGUGGGGAGUGUGUGGAGAGGUUGGUGAACGAGAGCGAGAUAGAGUUGGACGCGAGGGACAGUUUGCUGAUGACGCCGCUGUGCUUGGCGACGAUUUUGGACGAUUUGAGGACGGUGGAGGCGUUGGUGUCGAGGGGGUCGGAUUUGGAGGCGGGGGACGAGAUGGACUUGACGCCGUUGCACCACGCGUGCGCGUACGGGUACUUGGAGGUGGUGUCGUUUUUGCUGGGGAACGGGGCGGACCCGACGAUAGCGGCGAUGAUUGACGACACGACGCCGUUCGACCAGGCGAGUUCUCACGGACACUACGAGGUGUUGGAGAAGUUGUUCGAGUACCGGAGCUACACGAGUCGCGGGAGCGAGAAGGCGAUAGCGUUGGCGAGUGCGAACGGCCACACGAGGCGGCGCUGA